UCAACUUCUGACUUUCAGACAAAACUCACCAGAAAACUCCAAACUCGAAGAUCUUCAGGGGGCCUUUUCCGGCUUGGUAAGUUGCGGCAGCCCCCCUUCCCAAAACCUGCCCCACCGUCUUCACCGGACAAGAUGACGACCGACGGCGAGAUCCUGGAGAAGCUCGAAGGCCUCACCCAGGACGCCGUCCGCCACCAGCUGGAGGCUCUCCGGUCGAUCCUCCAGCGCAACGGCGGCGCGCGUUACCUCCGCCCCUUCCUCGGCGGCCAUACUGCGCCGGUCGACGUGGUGACUUUCCGGCGCGAGGUCCCUCUGUCUAGCUACGACGACUACGCCGACCACAUCAGCCGUAUGGCCGACGGGUUUGUCAACGGUGGCGACCCGAUCCUGUGUCUUGAUCCCCUCGUCUGUUUCUUCUACAGCUCCGGAACGAGUUCCAUGAGGCCAAAGAUGAUUCCUUACUUCGACACGCCUCUGUCAAGAGCGGCUUCAUUCAUAGCUCACCAGGCCGGCGCUGCAGUACUUCGGAGGUUGUUCCCCCCGAGACCAUCAGCAAACAAAAGUCUCUGGUUUGUUUAUGCCGAUAAUGUCAGUCAUACCAAGGGCGGGUUCAAGGUUAUGGCAGCCACGGCAUACCCGCUGCACAAUAACAAAAUGAGCUCAUCGCAGUUUCUGUCUGCUUCCAUUAGUCCACGAGAGGUCAUUCUGGGAUCAGAUGUCGACUGCCAGAUGUAUUGCCACCUUCUGUGUGGCCUUAGACACUUCAAUGUGAUCGACAGUAUCCGAGCACCGUAUGCCAUUGGAUUAGUUAGAGCAUUUUGCCUUCUGGAGGAGAAAUGGGAGGUGCUCUGUGAGGAUAUAGAAAAAGGGUUCCUGAGUUGGGAUACCUCUGACACGGCGAUGAAGGAUUCCAUCAACGAGGCUCUUGGAGGGCCUCACAGCGAUCUGUCUGAAAGAAUUAGGUUGAUCUGCAAAGAGAACUCUUGGGAUGGGAUUCUGAUUAAGCUAUGGCCGAAUCUGAGGUACAUCAAGUGUGUAACGACAGGAAGUAUGAUGCAUUAUUACCCAAAACUCAAGCACUAUGCGGGAAAAGUUCCGAUUUUAGGUGGAGACUACUUCACGUCUGAAUGCACCGUGGGCAUUAACUUGGAGCCGACACAACCUCCAGAAAAGACCCGGUUUAUAGUGCUGCCGACAGGGGCCUAUUUCGAGUUUCUCACCUAUGAUUCCAAUGAAAACAGUGUCACUGACAGGGAAAUCGUGGAUGUCUCGGGUGUUGAGGUUGGGAAGGUUUAUGAAGUAGUCGUGACCACUUACAGGGGAUUUUAUCGGUACCGGUUGGGCGACAUAGUCAGAGUGACUGGGUUCUACAACUCAUCUCCUGAGCUGGAGUUUGUGAUGAGAGCUCCUAGAUCUUCUUCCGAGAUAGUAACUGAGAGGAACUUGAUAUCCGUGGUCGAAAAGUCGCAAUCCCUGCUUGAAGAUGUCUUGGAGGGCGAAAUCACUGAGUACGCUUGCUCCUUGGACUUAAACUUGAGCCCCAAGCAAUUGAAGAUUUAUCUGGAAGUCAAAGGCGUCUCAUUCGAGGACAAAUUGAAGGACAGUAUGACCGGUCUUACAAGGUGCUGUGCAUUGCUGGAGGACAACUUCGGAGGCAUCUACAAGGUGCAGAGAGAAAGAGGCGCACUCCGGCCUCUGCUGGUGUAUAUUGUAACUCCCGGAAGCUUUGAUAGGUUAUUGCAUAUGGCGACCGAGAAGGGAGCUCCCGCUAGUCAGUACAAGCAUCCCAUGAUUAUCCGGAAUCGCGAAAUUUCUGAUUUCCUGGAAGGAGUUGCUCUUGCUACUGUAUGUUCGGAUUCAAAGGAUGCCUGAAAAUCAUCCUAAAUUUGUGUCGAGUCUCAACUUGCCUCUCUGCAUCAUUGCACUUGUCCGGGUAAUUGGCAUGUUUCUGAUGGUGAUCUCACCGGCCCCUCUGUGAUGGAUUUGGGUUGAUUAUAGUCGUUGAUCAUGUGCAUAUCGCAUUACACCUGCAAAAUCAAAAGUUCAUGAUUGUAUAUGACCAGGGAUCGUGGUCGAGCCAAGUCUUUCCCCAUUUCUUGGGGCUCCAUGUCAGGGAUGGUUCUAGACAUAUUUCAGGUGAAUGUGUACUUCAAUUUGGACAUAUGAUACAGAUUUCAUUUCAUGUUUCCUGUUCUAAAUGCGCGACCUUACUGUAAUUACCAAUAAAAUUGUUGCAUAGAAUAUGCAUAACAUUAUAUGAUCAAAGUCUCUAUCUUCUCCGAAAA